UUAUCAUGAGAUGAUUUUAGUUUUGCAUUUUCAAGUUACAGAGAGAGAGAGAGAAGAGAGAGAGAGAGCAAAGGUCAAAGCAAAGCAGUUGGUUGGUGUAGGAGCUGGUGUUAUAUCAGAGCUUGGUAUGGCGUAGGGGUAAUGAUUUUCGGUGAAGAAGAAACAACAAUAUCAGAAAGACAGAAACUCGUGAUUUCAGAAUUCUCUUUUAAUUCUCUCUCUCUCUCUCUCUCUCUGUGCACCGACUGCGAAAGAGAGGGUAGAAACAGAAGUGAGCCAGAAGCAGCAGGCAGGUAUUAUCAGUCCUCCUUAAGGAAUUUACAGCUACGUCUCUUCCUUUUCUCGUGAUCUUUCUCUCUAUAUGUACCAAGACCCAACAAAAAAAAAAAAAGGAAGAAAAAUAACCCUGCUUGCUUUGAUACGCUUCAGAAUAUUUCUUUCUUUGUUUCCUUUCCUGCUUAUGAAUCAGAAUCACUCUCUCGUGUUGCUGCUGCUAUAUAUAUAACCUUAGCUCCACACUUUCAACGAGAUUAUGUACAACGACGACCAAGCAAUCUAAGGCCAUUUAGAGGGUGAAAAGUAUCAAAAGAGAGGUUUUUUUAGGUUUUUAAGAGGAUCCAGUCGGUGAAACGUUGGUUUGAAGCGUAAAGGAGGAAUUUUUUUUCAGUUGUUAAGUUGGAUUACGAAGGGAUUAUUACAGGAGGAGAUAAGAACAAGAACAACACAUGGGUAGUUGUGGAAGAAGUGGGACUGUUAGGCAGUAUAUAAGGUCAAAGGUGCCUCGUUUGAAAUGGACUCCUGAGCUGCACCACUGUUUUGUUCAUGCCAUUGAAAGGCUUGGUGGUCAAGACAAAGCCACGCCUAAAUUGGUUCUUCAGUUGAUGGAUGUGAAAGGACUCACCAUUUCACAUGUGAAGAGUCAUCUCCAGAUGUAUAGAAGCAUGAGGAGUGAUCUGGGCAGACAAGAUAGAGGCUCUACCCAUCAAAGAAGACAAUUUUUCGAGGACCAUGAUGGGUGUGUAGAUGAAUUAAAACCUAUUGAAGAAUCAGAUUCUCACUUCAUCUACGAUGCCGUCCAUUCAAAAAGAGCAAGAAUCGAGACCAGGAGUUCAAUCUCUGAUCAGAACCUGCAAUGCAGCCAAGGAAUAUGUGAGACAGUCACGAAUCCGUACUCUAUUGAUGAUUAUACGGGAAUAAAAGAGGGUAACGGUGGUGGUUUCAGAUGCGAGCGGACCCAUUCCAAGUCCAAACCCACUGCCUUCUCUCUGCCACACGAUCUUUGCGGCCUCAACUCCUUCAAAUAUGCAGUGGAAGAAUCUGAUUUCCUCAAGAUUGCCAAGCUAGAGCAUGGAAAUUGCAAAGCAGCUGCACAAUCAUGCAAACCUGAGGUUACUAGAGGUGUAAGAACAGAAGAUGAAAAGGGUGGUGGCUGCUGCGAAUUGUCGUUAUCGCUUUCAUUGCCCCAUGCAUCGUCACAGAGAAGUAAUGCGUCAUGUACGAGUGAGAUUAGCGAGGCAUUCUCUGGGUCUAGUUUGAAAGACUGUUCUGGGUCUUCUUCAGGAAAACGAAAUAUCAACUUAGAUCUUUCUAUUGCACUUUGUGGCAUCUAAAAUCAUUGUAAAGAAAAUUCAUCUAUUUUGUAGAUUUUGUUUUUUUGUGAUUUUGGAAUAUUUAUUAGCCCAUUAAUUUUUAGUCGUCUUUUGAUUUUUGCCGCUGUUA